AUGGAUAAACCGAUAUGGAACGUGUCGGAUCUCCUCCGCGGCAUCACCCCCUUGAGCAUGUUGACUGAAUGGUCCGCGGUCUUCCGGACCCCAAUGUCCAUUGCCAAGACAGUCUUUCACAAGUUUGUUGGCUACCUGGAGGCGCAGGCCUCGGAGCUGAUCUGGAAACCUCGGUGCUCCGCGACAAUCGCAUGGGAACAAAGCCAGGGCAUCUCUGCCAAGGACAAGCCAUCCAAGUACACAGGCCCCGAGGUGAUUGGAGUCAAGAAUACGGUUACAUCGCCCGUGAUAGUUUCUUCUCGUGUGGCGCUUCGCUGGCCACACAUGAGAAUGGGAAGAACCCCCUUUAUUCGUAUUUAG